CCUAUAUAUUACAUACUUUAUGUAACAAAAAACAUUCUCCAAAAUCAGUGUUUCCAUUACAAGCAAAGCAACACACCCUCUUUUCAUUCAUAUUAUCUUAAACCCUUCCCAAAUACACACACAACAAAAUUCACCACUAUGACAAAAAAUUGUGACUACCACGAAGACGAACACCGCCAACUCAUCCGGCGCAUAUUUGCCGGAAUCCUUAGCUUCAUAAUCCUCAUACUUCUUAUAGUCUUCUUAGUAUGGAUCAUCCUCCGACCAACCAAACCCCGGUUCAUCCUCCAAGAUGCAACCGUUUUCGCCUUCAACCUCUCCUCCACUGGCGAAACACCUUCUUCCACCAUGCCUACACCAAACACCCUAACCCUCACAAUUCAAGUCACUCUUUCAUCCUUCAAUCCAAACUCGAAAAUUGGUAUUUAUUAUCACAAACUUGACGCAUACGCUUCCUAUAGAGGACAACAAAUCUCUUUAGCCACUGAACUACCACAAACUUAUCAAGGACACCGCGAUGUCGCAGUUUGGUCUCCUAUACUCUAUGGUGUGGCUGUUCCUGUUUCGCCUUACUUGUCGGAGAUUCUCCGGCAAGAUCAAACUUCAGGUGGAGUGAUGGUCAACAUUAAAGUCAACGGGAGAGUUAAGUGGAAAGUUGGGACUUGGGUUUCUGGAAGGUACCAUAUUGAUGUCAACUGUCCGGCGUUUAUCAGGGUGGCCGGCAAUAAGGGUGACGACGGUUUCGGAGUUUCUGGUCCGGCGGUGAAGUUUCAGUUUUUGCAAAGUUGUGUUGUUGAUGUUUAAGUAAUUAAUGUUUAAGCAAAGUAAUUUGCUUUCAUUAUUGCUACUAGUGUUCUUCUAAUUACUCUUGAUUCUCAACUAGCCUUUUCUAAAAAUGUUCUUUUUUUCCACUUUCUUUUUAAUUAUUACUUUUUGAAAAGUAAUAGGAUAAAGUUUCAUUCAGCCUUUUAGUAUGGAAAAAAAGUUACAUGAAUAAUAACUUUUGUUCUGGUUGAUUACUCAUGAAGAAAAUGUCCUAUGCUUAAUUAUUUGAUUUGCUUCUUGAGGAAUGAGAAGUAGGAUUAAAGUGAAAUUCUAAGAAAGUGUCUCAUUGGGACUCUUCUUUUUAGUAUAUUGAGACCUUGUUCUAUUUAUAAUUUGUGGAUUAAAUGAAUUGUAUGAUUGUACCAA